UGUAAUGCAGGAAAAACUACUAAUAUUGCUGAAUCUGCUCAUGCAGAUGCUAAUAGAGAAGGAAUUAAAAUGAAUUUAUUACUUGCAAUUAGAAAGUUUGAAUCUGCAUCAUCAACUAAAAAAGUAUCACUAAAUUCUAAUGCCACUGCAAUAGGCAAUGAAGAAUUAAAUGAUCUUGACCUCGAAAUUGCUAAGUAUGAAAAGUUAAGAAAGCUUGAGUUAAUAGAAUAUGAAUUUCAACAUAAAAAAGAAAUGUUAGAUAUUGAUAAACAAACAAAACUAGCUUCUCUUUAUGCUCAAGAAUUAGCCAAUAUUAAAAAGGAAAAAGAAUUAGGCAUUAACAAAUAA